AUGGAUCCCCGACCACUCCCGAAUCCUGCUCCAACCCAAGAAGAGGAUGAUAGACUCUUUGUAUUGGAACCUUGGGUAAUGGCUCCUGUGCGAGCCGAAUACGGGUUCAAUAUUCGUCUUGGAGAAGGAGCAUAUGUGAAUUGGAACUCAACCUUUUUUGAUUGCACUCCGGUGGCGAUUGGUGCUCGAACCUUGGUCGGGCCCAAUUGUAGUUUCUACGGAGGCUUCCAUGCCAUCGACCCCGCCGUGAGGGAUGGUGAUAAUGGGCCAUUCUUUGAAAAGCCCAUUACUAUCGGGGAUGACUGCUGGUUGGGGGGUAACGUGGUAGUUCUUGCAGGAAUAUCAAUUGGAAAGGGGUCGACAGUAGGCGCCGGAAGUGUAGUAACCAAGGUCUGUAUACAUGAAUUUACCGCACCUGCCUGUAAACAACAGCUGAUUUAGAUGGCAGAAUGUCCCACCAUUUCAUGUAGUGGCUGGGAAUCCGGCCAAAAUUCUGAGAAAGAUUUCAACUGCAAUGGAUCCGGAGUCGCUGGCACGGUAA